CUGGUAUAGACACGGGCUUUGGGACAGGCCGGCAAGUAGUUAACUAGUAUCACUGCGCUACCCAUUGCCAACACUUAACACUCGUUCGGAGCUUCAACAACAACCUAUAACAUGCCCUAAUCAUGUUAAAACACAACGACAAACUAUAGUUAAGAACACACCGUAAUGAACAACAAGUAUGUUUUUCUUUUCGUUGUGGACUUCUCUGUCACAUUAAUAGACUAUUUGUCAUAUAUGUCCGUAUGAACAAAUACGAAUAGCGUCAAUUUUAAUACCAUUUCAAAUCGGUCGUCGAACUGGAGAAGAUGGUGAGCAUACAGUCGAUGAUUUAUUGUGUUUUGGCCGUGGUCGUUUAUGUGUCGGAGGCAGUCACUCUCAGGCCAGGACGCCGUGUGUGUCCAGUGACGAAGCUGUUCAAUGAAAUCGUUCCUAUGAAACAGACGUAUAAGAAACCUGUUUAUCAUUCCAACUGCCGAAGGCUCGGUACAUCAUGUAAGGGCAAGAAGAUGUUUUAUCGGACGGCCACAAGAACCGUGUUCUAUCGGAGAAUGAUCCACGAUACCGUGCGAAUAUGUUGCCCUGGAUGGAAGCGUCAAAGUCGGCGCCGCCAUCUUGGAUGUAUGGAACCAAUUUGCACCGGAGGAUGUCAAAAUGGUGGAACAUGUGUUGGCCCGGAGCAGUGUGCAUGUCUGAAACAAUUUACAGGAUCCUCUUGUGAACGAGAUGUGGAUGAGUGUCUGAUGAAAACACACACCUGUCAACACCUGUGUAAAAAUACUUACGGAAACUAUGAAUGUUCUUGUUACGACGGCUUUCGAUUAACAGAAGGAAGAAACUGCGCUUUUUGUCCUCUGUGUAACCCAGCAUUUGAAGAAAUGAUGAAUAAAGUCAACGAUCUACAGACCAGGAUAAUUUUCGUUGAAAAGGAGAAGGAUGAUCUGCGGGGCAAUCUGACUCUUCUGGAAGGUCGAUAUGAACAGGCCAUCGACAUUGUGGCGGAAGUGAAACAGGCAACCAUCGGAACGCGUACGGUGCCAUCUACACCCAGUACAAUAACCACAUCCGCAUCAACGACCACUUCCACGACGACUACAACACCAACGCCUACCACCACCACCACAACCGACCCGUACGAACAGCCAUAUAACGAUGUCGGCUAUAUGAUCAAUUCUCUCAGCGAGCAGAUCUCACUUCUAGAAGAGCGAAUGGCGGACUGCGAAUGUACGCAGGGAGGACGAGGCUAUGGCGGAGGGAGAUAUGGUUACAGACAGCGUAAUGGAAGACACCGUGGACCUAACUAGGAUCAAACCAAAUAUUUUUUUCAGAGAGACAUGUUGGUCCUGAAAUAAAUAAUAGAUAAAACCUUUGAUAUAUCUUGGUAUUCUAACAAUGAUCAAUAUCUGAAGCGCUCGCUAAAUAAAUACCCAGUUUAGUUUGUCAUAUGGAACUGUAAGUUUUCAUAGGUCAAGAUUCCAAAAGAAUGAUGGUGUCAACAAAAGCUGUAUGACAUUUUAUUAUAAUACCAUGACAUUUCAAUUUCAAACGUUAUUUUAUUAGCGUAUUCAUAAAUGUCGUAGUAAUUUGAUGGAUGAACGGGCAGGUGAAAUUAUAGAAUUACUCAAAUAUAUCAUCAAAUAUAUAAUAUAGAUAAUGAAAAAAAAUGUUUAGAAAAUCUCAAGAUUACUCAGUAUGUAAAGAAAUAUAUUAAUCUAAGCAAAUUUCUCUGCUCUGGCUCAUUGGUUAAGGAAUAAAUGAAAAAAAUGGAAUUCAUCUUGGGCUGAGUGAAUUGAAAGUUUUGCCUUCGCUCUCCUGAAUGAUUUUUAAAAUGUCACUACAAUUUUUUAAUGUCAUGUUCACGCGGUCUUCCUUUUCUUGAAAAAAAAAUCUUAGAUUAAAAUCAUAUAUGUUAAGAUAAAUUUCCCUUUGGGCUGGCAGAGAGAAAUCUAUGUGGCUGGUGUUCAGAAAUCAGAAAUGUCUCUUUUUAUAUCAUUACAGUAGAACUAUGAAAACGUACGUCAGUGGAAUGCGACAAAAAUAUCUAACCCAGGGUAGCAGCUGUAUGAAAUUGCUUGGCUCGACUUAUGUAACUCUAAAGCUGUAUUUAAAGGUGCUGCUCAUUUGUGUGUCUUUUGUUCAAUUAAAGAAAUUAAAGAAAUCAUUGUAUAGAUCAAAGAACUUGAAGUUGGGAGCUAGAAUAUACAAUUACCAUAAUAUUAUUAUGGCUAAGCACGGAUUCUCUGGCUUUGUCAAGACAACCAACUUAAUUAACACAAUAUACCUUAUACCAUUUUUCACAACUAAUACAACACGGUCUGUCACGUGAAUCUCGAUAUUAACGUAUAAUACAUGUGAUGUAAGACAGGGACAAAGUUGAAAAAAAUAUCAGUAAACAAGUUUACGAGAGGAAUGAUUGCGCAAUAGUACAGAAACAAUAUGGUGAUUUACAUAUUUAUCGAAACUAGAAAGUGACACGUGUGGUGAGAUCACGAGACAGCCAGAUCACUAGCCGGUGAUAGAUAGUAAGUACUAGUGAUGUGAAUGAUGUUCUACCAUAAUCCGAUCUCCUCGAAUAGUUUUUUAACUAUGAUUUUUUUUAUACACGAUUGUCUGUUGUACUUUAUUUAUUGUAGUGUAAUGUAAGAUUUGUCUUUGUUUAACAGUAAAACUUUGAUACGCUGCCACCUUAGGCGAAUGUUCGUCACUGAUGUUAGAGAUAUGAAUAGAUCUUUUUAAAAAUGUAUUCUCAAGAGGACGAUGAGUGUAAGUAAGCUGUAAACAUACCGAGUAACGCUUUAUAAAAAAUUACUUCAUCCUGAAUUUACAAAAAAAAAAAAAAAAAAAAUAAUAAAAAAAAACUAUUUAUUGUUUUAAGUCUUCAUAAACUGAGGAAUUUGAUUGGUUUUGAAGCUCGUAAAAAGGAAUAUAUAUAAAGUAUGCUUUCGUUUAUAAUACUCCAUUGUCAUGACGUGUGUGUAUACAUGGGAGACUUUCACUAUAUAGUUACAUGUAUAUAUGACGAAUCUUCUGCAAUAUAAUUAUAUAACAUUUGUUUGUGUUCGCUUGUUUAUUCUUUUUUAAUGUUUGAGUCUUCCCAUCAUGUCUACGUAAUUGUAAAUUUCGUUCAAAAAUUGAUUAUUAACAGAGAGAAUGUCCCAUGUAUAAGGUAGCUCUAGAAUACGUUCUCGAUUGUAAGGGAGGCUACUCGCACAUACCGAUACAUUGCAAUAUCUCGUGCGAAUUCGGUGAUUUUGCUAGUUUAUGAUUGCAUUUUUCGUUACAUAUAUACACAUGUAAGUUCAGUUUCUUAAUCAUCAAUACCUUUUAUGUAAAAAUCGUGUAUGUUCUUAUUUUUAGGUUUAACGAGACACUGCUAAUCAAUAACAUUAAAUAUGUACCCAAUCUGUGCGUGCCUUGUCAUAUAAAUGUAUUACCUAAAUUUGACCAAUUUAUUUGUAAUUUGAUCUACAUACAAUAUAUACAACUUAUACAUUCAGGUUCAAUUGUACAAGUAUUUACUGGCUUUCUCUUGCUAUCUGACUAUUUAGAAUCCGAAUUUUAUGAGUGUUUAAAGUAUGAACAAACACCAUUAAUUACCGACUUUUCUAACAUUUCGUUACCAUCCGUAUUGUUAAUCUUAAGUCAAUUAAAACUGUUUUAACAAAGUAAACAAUUUUCACGACCUUGUGUAAUAGAUGCAUUUCCCCCGUAUUCUACAAAGGUAAGAGUAUAACUCAGAUCAAUACGUCUCGGUUUAUUAAUGUGUAUCAUUUAACUGUGUUGUUUUUCGGCAAUACUUAAACAAAGACUUCAGCAACGAUUUGUAGGUCCUCUGAUGCUUUUGAUAAAUUGAUAGUAAAUGCUUACAUUUUGAGACGGGCUCUCCCUGUAGUAGUUGGUGGCUACCUCACUGAACAACAUACAAAAGGGUCGUCGUAUGCCAUUCGCAUUAAUAUAUUGUUUGAUUUGGACUCCAUGUUCAAAUGGAUCAUCAAAUUCUCUGAUAUGCUUCUCCCCUAAAAUACUCGUAUAUUUUUGCUUAUAUACACGUAUACAUUGCAUUAAAAAGAUAGAGGAAUAAAGCUCUGAUGACGCCUGACGCGAAGAGUUAUUAGGUAUGUGUGUGUGCUGUAACAUAUAGCCAACAAAAGGCUUUAAAAGUACUAUUGUGUUUUGUGAAUUUAUGUGAAAGUCACACAAUGUAUGGAAGACAAAAAACAUGGUAUUUGUUUGGUGAAUAAAUGUAAUGAAAAAAUGU